GUUGGAAUCACACAAGACCAACUCUGCAGUUAUCCUGACACUUGGGAUAGGGAUCUACACUUAUUUUGAAAAUCUUGUGGAAUACAAUGCUUGGAGAAGCCAUCCUAUUUGAACUCCUAUACAAGGAAGAAAAAUAUACAAGUUUUUGUAAACCACAAGCAUGUAAGAAGACCUCAAAUAAUGAAAAGGAAACUUGGAAAAAUAAUCUUUUAGAUGUGGAAGACAAUUUAAAUGCUCCUCAUAAGACAGAAAAUAAAAAGAACAUUAUGAGAGAAAGUAUAACAGGACAAAGUAAUACUGCAAGUCAAGUAAAAUCUGUGGAUGACUUAUCUGUGGUGAAAUGCAAAAUUGCACAUGUUCCGAGAAAUGUGUCUCUUGCAUUAUCUGUUCCAAAGAGAGACCAAUCUGAUAAGAAACAAUUGGAUUUAUAUCGAUCCUGUUCUUAUACAAGUAUUUGCUGGAAUUAUUCUGAUCUACAGAUUGGAGGUGACAAUGUGAGGAACAUAUAUGAGUCAGGUUGCUUUGUGGAAAACAAACAUGAUGAUGUUUUUAAUGGGCCCCUUAUAUUUUCAGGGGAUAUUCCCUUGGGUCAUUCGCCUAUCAUAAUGGAGCCUUUAGAGCAAACCUCCACUUCGAAGUUAUUGAAUGGGGAUGAAUUUCGAGAAAGAAGUAUGCUGUUUUUUAAGCAACCGCUCUCUAAUUCUAUGCUUAAUAAUUAUAUGGAAAAAAAGGUCAAUGAAUUCUACAAACAAGUUUUGGAAGAAGAUCUUACAAGAUGCUGUUCCAUAACUAAUCUCAUGGUUUCCAAUUUGCUAAUGAAUAAUGCAAAUCAUGCUAGCCUUCACAUUGCUCAAGAACAGAACACAGAGGCAUCUAAAGCUUGGCAAACUCUCCCACACUGUUUAGCAAUACAGAAAUUUCCUAACAUUUCCCAUGGAAACAGCUCUGAAUUCAGCACUCCUUACUUGCAAAUAUCAAGCGAGGCAAGUGGGAAACCUAUAUCAUGUCUAAAAUAG